CGACUUCAUCGCACAUACCAUGUCCUUUGCGCCCACGCUCUUCAGUGACAAUGGCAAGGCACUGCCCCUAGCCAACACGGGCGAAGUGUUCAUUCUGGAGCGACCGUCGAUCGCGUUCCAGUGCCUUGUCGACGGACAUAAGUUCAAGGCCACCGGUCGCAUCUACAUAACGACUCAGCGACUGGUGUUUUGCGCCGACAAGGCUGCAACGCAGCACGGCCGGUUCUUUCAAGCCUUUGAAAUCCCACUGGAUAACAUUGCGGACGACAAGUUCAACCAGCCAAUGUUUGGCUCGUGCAACAUUUCUGGCGACGUCUUCCCGGUGGGCACGGACGAAGGGGACGUGGCGACGCCGAUCGAGUGGCGUGUUUCGUUCCCGAACGGUGGCACAGGCACGUUCUUGCCCAUCUUUCUUCGCCUCAUGGAGCACAAGAAGCAUGCGGGGCUUGUCGACGAGGCGUUUGCAGAGAAGCAGCGCAAGGCGUACGUGGACCCGAACGACCCAACGGUCAUCUAUGUUUCGCAGCCCGUACGCCCGCGUGGUAAAGACACUGUCUGAAAUCGAAGACAAAGACAAGCAUAUUUCUGGCGCAACUACCACCUACCUUCGAUAUCUUGCCCCAAAC